GAUGGCGAGCGGCUGGGGCGCGCGGGCGCUCGGACAGCCGGGGCGCCUCCCGCCGCCGCUGUGCCUGCUGCUGCUGCUGCUGCUGCUGCUGCUGCGGAGCCCGGCCCGGGCCGCGCACAUCAAGAAGGCGGAGGCGACGACCACGACGACGAGUGCGGGCGCCGAGGCGGGCGAGGGCCAGUUCGACCGCUACUACCACGAAGAGGAGCUGGGCUCGGCGCUGCGGGAAGCGGCGGCCGCGGGGCCCCCGGGCCUGACCCGCCUCUUCAGCAUCGGCAACUCGGUGGAGGGCCGGCCGCUGUGGGUGCUGCGCCUCACGGCCGGCCUGGGGCCGCCACUCCCUGACGGUGACGCGGGGCCCGACGCGGCGGGGCCGCUGCUGCCCGGCCGGCCGCAGGUGAAGCUGGUGGGCAACAUGCACGGCGACGAGACCGUGUCGCGCCAGGUGCUCGUCUACCUGGCCCGGGAGCUGGCGGCCGGCUACCGCCGCGGAGACCCGCGCCUCGUCCGCCUGCUGAACACCACGGACGUGUACGUGCUGCCCAGCCUCAACCCCGAUGGCUUCGAGCGCGCCCGCGAGGGCGACUGCGGCUUCGGCGACGGCGGACCUCCUGGGCCCGGCGGCCGCGACAAUAGCCGUGGCCGCGACCUCAACCGCAGCUUCCCGGACCAGUUCAGCUCGGGUGAGCCGCCGGCCCUGGACGACGUGCCGGAGGUGCGCGCCCUCAUCGACUGGAUCCGCAGGAACAAGUUCGUGCUUUCUGGAAAUCUGCAUGGUGGCUCAGUGGUAGCAAGCUAUCCUUUUGAUGAUUCUCCAGAACAUAAGGCCACUGGAAUCUAUAGCAAAACCUCAGAUGAUGAAGUAUUUAAAUACUUGGCAAAAGCCUAUGCUUCAAACCACCCCAUUAUGAAAACAGGGGCACCUCACUGCCCCGGAGAGGAAGAUGAGACUUUCACAGACGGGAUCACGAACGGUGCACACUGGUAUGAUGUAGAAGGUGGUAUGCAAGAUUAUAAUUACAUAUGGGCCAACUGUUUUGAGAUCACAUUGGAAUUGUCUUGUUGCAAGUACCCACCUGCUUCGCAGCUUCAACAAGAAUGGGAGAACAAUCGUGAGUCUUUGAUCACAUUGAUUGAAAAGGUCCACAUUGGAGUUACAGGAUUUGUUAAAGACUCAGUAACAGGAUCUGGCUUAGAAAAUGCAACCGUCUCAGUAGCUGGUAUUAAUCAUAAUAUCACAACAGGCAGAUUUGGUGAUUUCCACAGAUUACUUGUUCCUGGGACUUACAACAUUACAGCAGUUUUAACUGGGUAUAUGCCACUGACUAUUAAUAAUAUAAUAGUGAAAGAAGGACCAGCUACAAAGGUGAAUUUUUCCCUGGGGCCAACUGUGACCUCAGUAAUCCUUGACACAACGGAGGCUGUAGUAACUGCGAGCACAGUUGCUGUACUUAAUCUUUCGCCUGGAACACAAUCCUCACACCAGCCAAUUCAGCCAAAGGACUUCCGCCACCACCAUUUCCCUGAUAUGGAAAUCUUCUUGAGAAGGUUUGCUAAUGAAUAUCCUAACAUCACCCGGCUCUAUUCAUUGGGAAAAUCAGUAGAGUCAAGAGAACUUUAUGUAAUGGAGAUAUCUGAUAACCCCGGUGUCCAUGAACCAGGUGAACCAGAAUUUAAGUAUAUUGGAAACAUGCAUGGAAAUGAAGUGGUUGGACGAGAAUUGCUAUUGAACCUUAUCGAAUACCUUUGUAAGAACUUUGGAACAGACCCUGAAGUUACAGAUUUGGUUCGUAGCACUAGAAUUCAUCUGAUGCCAUCCAUGAAUCCUGAUGGGUAUGAAAAGGCUCAGGAAGGAGAUUCAAUAAGUGUAAUUGGCAGAAACAACAGCAACAACUUUGACUUGAACCGAAAUUUCCCGGACCAGUUUGUUCAGAUCACAGAUCCAACCCAACCAGAAACCAUUGCUGUAAUGAGCUGGAUGAAGGCCUAUCCAUUUGUACUGUCAGCAAACCUGCAUGGAGGUUCUUUGGUGGUUAACUACCCUUUUGAUGAUGAUGAACAAGGGUUUGCAACAUACAGUAAAUCACCUGAUGAUGCUGUGUUUCAGCAAAUAGCACUUUCUUAUUCCAAGGAAAAUUCCCAGAUGUUUCAAGGUAGACCUUGCAAGAAUAUAUACCCUAAUGAAUACUUUCCUCAUGGAAUAACAAAUGGAGCUAAUUGGUAUAAUGUCCCAGGUGGUAUGCAGGACUGGAACUAUUUACAAACAAAUUGCUUUGAAGUGACUAUUGAACUAGGUUGUGUGAAAUACCCAUUUGAGAAGGAUCUGCCAAAAUUUUGGGAACAGAAUCGAAGGUCUCUAAUCCAAUUUAUGAAACAGGUUCAUCAGGGUGUCAAAGGAUUUGUCCUAGAUGCCACGGAUGGCAGAGGUAUAUUAAAUGCCACCAUUAGUGUUGCUGAAAUCAAUCACCCAGUGACUACUUACAAAACUGGAGAUUACUGGCGUCUCUUGGUUCCAGGGACUUAUAAAAUCACAGCAUCUGCUCAAGGGUAUAAUCCAGUUACCAAGAACGUGACCGUGAAGAGCGAAGGUGCUGUCCAGGUCAACUUCACACUUGUUCGAUCUUCACCAGAUUCAAACAUUGAAUCAAAGAAAGGAAAGGGAGAUAGAACCAACACUGAUGAUGCCAGUGAUCCAACUACCAAAGAGUUUGAAACUUUAAUUAAAGACCUUUCAGCCGAGAAUGGUUUGGAAGGCCUCAUGUUACGCUCCUCCUCAAAUCUGGCUCUUUAUCGAUACCACUCAUACAAAGAUUUAUCAGAGUUUCUAAGAGGACUUGUGAUGAACUACCCACAUAUUACAAAUCUUACCAAUUUGGGACAGAGUGCUGAAUAUCGUCAAAUUUGGUCUCUUGAAAUAUCCAAUAAGCCUAAUGUAUCUGAGCCUGAAGAACCAAAGAUUCGUUUUGUUGCUGGUAUCCAUGGAAAUGCUCCAGUUGGAACUGAAUUGCUUUUGGCUCUGGCAGAAUUUCUCUGCCUAAACUACAAAAGGAACCCCGCUGUUACCCAAUUGGUUGACAGGACUAGAAUUGUGAUUGUCCCUUCUCUAAAUCCAGAUGGGCGAGAGAGAGCACAAGAGAAAGACUGUACUUCAAAGAUAGGACAAACAAAUGCUCGUGGCAAAGACCUGGAUACAGACUUUACAAAUAAUGCUUCCCAGCCUGAGACUAAAGCCAUCAUUGAAAAUUUGAUUCAAAAACAGGACUUCAGUCUUUCUGUAGCCUUAGAUGGCGGUUCAGUGCUGGUCACAUACCCAUAUGAUAAGCCAGUACAAACAGUGGAAAACAAAGAGACUCUGAAGCAUUUGGCAUCUCUUUAUGCAAAUAAUCAUCCAUCAAUGCACUUGGGUCAGCCCAGUUGCCCAAAUAAGUCAGAUGAGAAUAUUCCAGGAGGAAUAAUGCGUGGAGCAGAAUGGCACAGCCACCUGGGCAGCAUGAAGGAUUAUAGUGUCACCUAUGGCCACUGCCCGGAAAUCACAGUGUACACAAGCUGCUGCUACUUUCCUAGUGCAGCACAGCUCCCUUCCUUGUGGGCAGAAAAUAAAAAAUCUCUUCUUAGCAUGUUGGUGGAGGUUCACAAGGGAGUUCAUGGAUUUGUUAAAGAUAAGACUGGAAAACCAGUCUCUAAUGCAGUCAUUGUACUCAAUGAAGGAAUAAAGGUACACACAAAAGAGGGUGGCUACUUCCAUGUCCUCUUAGCGCCAGGUGUCCAUAACAUCAAUGCCAUCGCAGAUGGGUAUCAGCAACAACAUUCGCAGGUCUUUGUGCAUCAUGAUGCAGCUAGUUCUGUGGUCAUAGUCUUCGACACAGAUAACCGGAUAUUUGGUUUGCCAAGGGAGCUUGUGGUAACUGUAUCAGGUGCCACCAUGUCGGCAUUGGUCCUAACAGCUUGCAUUAUUUGGUGCAUCUGCUCAAUCAAAUCUAACAGACACAAGGAUGGCUUCCAUCGGCUCAGGCAGCAUCACGAUGAGUAUGAAGAUGAAAUUCGCUUGAUGUCAACCGGCUCCAAGAAGUCCCUCUUAAGCCAUGAGUUCCAGGAUGAAACGGACACUGAAGAGGAAACAUUAUAUUCUAGUAAACAUUGAAACACACACCUUGCAUAUCUCCCAGACUAAGAACCAAGCAAAAUCACAGUUCCUUUUGGGAGACACUGCAUUGAGAAGAGAGACUAUCUUGCUUCUUCAAAGAGCUUUGGGAAGUUAACUUGCUAAAUUUGUAUUCUCUGUGAAUUUGGCUGGCAGUUUUGAACUUCCUUAAAGUACUCUUACCUUUUCUUUAAAAAAAAAUCUGCUUUCUAUUUAUGCAGCAGACAUGGGACAGCCACUUUAUUUUUCUUUUUAAUUUAAGAUGAGCUGUUUGGAGCUUAUGUUAUAACUGCAUAAAGCCAACUAGUGGAUGUUGUAUUUUGCACAUCAGGUGUUUCCUAGUGGCUUUAGCUUUUUUUCUUUAUUUUUUAAAUGGCCAAAAGAAUCCAGAAAUAUUAAGGCAGGGACAGCAGUCAGAAUCUGACAUAAAGCUUUAAAACUCAAGGUUUUCUCAACCUACUGAGGAGUACUUUUCUCUAGUUAUUAAAUAGCUGGAGUUACUCUUAUUCAGGUUUAGUGGAGGCUGAGUUGAUUUUUAAACAUGUAACAUUAGUAAAGGAAUAAAUGGACUUCUGCAUUUGCUUUCUACCUGUUCCAAGACUAGAUCAGAAUUAGUGGCCUGUGCUCUUGGCAGGAUUUCACUACCUCUCAUGUAAGGUUUAGCAAAGUUUCAAAGAUACCCAUUUUAAGGGAGAACUUGCUGACUUUGUUAUAAAAGAUCUAAAUGUCCGUUUGAAUGAGCUAAGAGGGAGAUCUAUCAAAAGCUAAAACUCAUGUUGCCUAUCUUUUAACUUGGUAAAAACCCAUAGGUGCUGCUGCUUUUAUCUGUGAAAUACUAGUUGUUCUAGGAAUGCCUAAUUUGUUAAGAUUCCCUAAAUUUGAACCUUUUUCUAUGUUGUACAUUUACGGUUUUCAGAUUACCCAGCAAUCUACAAGAUCUGAAUUCUACUGAAAAUGGAAGUGUGGAAGAAACCUACUUGGCACAUUCUUAACCUACAUUUGAAUACAAAAUAUCUACACUUGCUCCAGCCCAAACCUACGCCCUGUAAUACCGUUAUUGAAAUAGUUUGGCCAGUCUAAUUCAUAUAGACCUCUGCAAGUGAUUGGGUUCUUUGUCCUAAUGCUUCAUUUGACAGUCUUUUUUUAUUAACCAAUUUUGUUAAAAGUUCAUUUGAAAGCAUUUAAAUAUGGCUCUCUCCAUUAAAAAAAACAAAAGCUAUGAACUGCUGUGUGAUGUAACACUGUGGUGGAAAAGUAUCAUCUUCACUGCAGUUGGGUUGUUGCAAAGACCUGAAAGAUUUGCAUUUUAUUGUGUCUGUAAUAUCAUGCUAUUCAGUAGAAAUAAUGCUUUUUUUAAGUGUGCAUCUUACCAAUGAUCUAAUGGUUUGAAUGUUUUAAUGGCCAUGUUGCUGCUGAAUUUGUACCAAAUCAGGGGAUCAAAAAACUUGCUCUCAUCUUUUUAAAUUGUCUUCUGUAUCCAUUAACGUAUCAGUCAUCUCAAAGCCUUCAUGUGGAGUGGUUUAUCAUCCCCUAAGUUAUUCAACAACGUUUUGUGAGGAAUGCACCCAAAAUGGUUUUAUAAAAAAAACAAAAAUUUGGUUCAGUAGGAAUAAUGAAGUCAUGACAGUUAUUGAGUAUCUGUGAUAAAUUUGGGUUGUUCCAGGUUAAGCCAUUAUGGUAUUAAUUGUAUUAUUAACAACUCUAAAUUGUGAGCCCUUGCCACAUACGUAGAACAGUGUUUGUGGGAUGUUAAUAUUUAAUGAAAUGUAUAUGAUUUAAUUUCUUCUCAUAAUAACUUUACAUUCUCCUUAGGAUGAUGUGGUGGUAUUGCUCUUUUCAGCUUGAUUUUUAAGAAUUUUUAAAGCUCAGAAUGCCAGCAAAGGGCCUAUUAGUGGCCGGCUCUGCUUGAGACAUUUCAGGAAGAAAUUAAAGUCGUUGUGAUAGCCUUUACUUAAUUAGGUCUUCAUUCAAGGAUACCUUUUAAAUUCAUUUCUCUCCUGAAUUAAACAUGUCUAACUGUACAUUACAGUGGCUGGAGUCCAUGCCUUUUAAACGUGUAAAUUUUUUUUAGAAAUUAACAUACAAGUAUUUAUUUUCAUAUUUUUUCCUGAAAAGAAAGCCAAAUUGUGCUAUGAAUCUUUAAUCUUGAAUGAACUUCUAAAUAAUGCAUUGUUCUGGAAAGCAAGGCCUCUCAGCCUCUAUGACCUAUUAACAUGAAUGUACAGGAUCAUGACUACUAAGACUGUUCUCUGCCCUGUUUUGUCUUUUAUUUGUGGAUCUGAUCUUAGACCACAUUAAUUGCAUAAGGCAUUGAAGCCAUAUGGGAUAGGGAAUGCACUUUUCAGUGUUUCUCCUAGACUUCCUGUUUCCGUGGAGUCAUGGAGGCAAGUAAGUAUUAUGAUAUUUGGCCGAGUCUGAGUUGUGCCUUUCCUUACUCACAAGGCUUUUCCCCCCCUGAUGAUCAGUUUGUAAACCUUCUUCCCUCCCAACUCCUUAAUAAAAACAAAGUGAUUGAGUAGGUAAUGUUCAAAGUGUCUGCCUGUAUAAAUGUAUUGAUUAUGCAGUUCAUUAAGAUGAACUUAAGUUAAUUUCAGGAGGAAAGACCUUUGGUUUUGAUGUAUUUUGGUGAACGUUUGGAUAGUGAUUGGGAUCCCAUCCAGUUGAGGAAUGCUUGCAGUUCUCAACAGAGGGAAUUUGCUUUGCGACUUUGUCAUCCUCCAGAAAGGAAACCUAGUGUAUAGUUGGCCCAGUGUGAUUGACUGGUUUACCUUUGGUAACUCACCUGAAUGGGAUUUGCAGAAUUAAUGACUAUUGACCUUAAAACUAAUUAUGAGUUGACAAAUAAAUAAAAGGUAGUGCUUAUGCCUGAGCUUAUUUUGUUUCUAAGCUAACACCAGGUUACUCAGUAACUGUGACCUAUUCUUCCAUUUUCAUGUAUUCUUAGCAGUAGUAUUCUUAUUGUCAGAAAUUCACUUGUACCAGGUUUUGGCCCUGCUAUAUUAAAAGCUUCUUGGCUGUGAAUGCUAUACCUAGUGCCCUAUGUUAUGGUUCUCUGGUGGAAUUGUUUUUAACAGAAGCAACUUUAUUAUUAUUAUAAAAAUGUUCUAUUGUGUUUGAUGUUCAAUGAUUUUCUAUCUAGCAACUUUUUGAUAACUCUCUGGGUUUCUGAUUUGUUUCAAUUAAAGCAGAUUCUUGGGGGCAGUGGUGAUUAGGUUCCUUGACUAAUGUCAACUGAACUUAGAUUUAUAAUUUAUGAAGAAAUAGCCCCCAACGCCCAUUUCUUCUGUGAUUUAGCAAUAAUUAAGACUCCACUUGAUUUUCAGAAUAUCAUCCUAGUUUGAUUUUGAUUUGACAGAAUAUAUUAUGACAUUUGAAAGUAGGCUACCAUUUUGAGGCCAUUGGACAUAAAUUAUGUAAUAAGUAUGAUUAUUUUUAUAAAUGGCAUAACGUGAAUAUACUAACUGCAUUCUAUGCUGGCCAUGCUGCAAAUUUUAUGGAGGUAUGACAUGGUAUUUUUUUAUGUUUAGAUUAAAAAUCAGUUUUUCACCUCUCCAUUUUUUUCAGUGACAUUCCCCAGCUCCAGAAAAAUCUAUAGCUAUUGAUAUGAGGUGCCUAACACUCAUCCAUCUCAAGUGCUUCAGUCUUUGUUUAUUUCAUGCACUGUGCCUUCAAAACAAAAAUUUUAAAAGGGACUUUAAACAAAGAUGAAUCGUAGUUUUAAAAAGUCAAUUUGUGUAAUUUAUGUGAAAUCUAACUGUAAUGAGGUCCUUUCUGUUUUUUAUAUGUAAACAGAUCUAAUCCUGUAUAAAAGUUAUUUUAUGAUGUU